AUGUGUUUUGCUCCUGUGCUUUAAUUCCAAGAUUUUCCAUCCGGGAAUGUUAGUCAAGCGCAAAUUGUUCAACAGGAUCAGGGAACGGCACAUCGUCAGCAGCAGCGAGUUUACAGAACUCAGAAUGCUACGAAUGCUGUAUUUCAAACACCGCUUCCAACACCAACGACUGUUUAUGUACAGAAUGUCCCACAAGCUUCGCAAGCUCAGUACACAUCUAAUCAACCCACCGUUGGCGAGGUCGUACGGCAGCAGCAUCAACUGCGGCAUGUCACUGGAGCGCAACAAGUGAUUGUGCAGCAAGUGGCUGCUCCACAAAUGGUGGUUACAACUGGGGGUCAACCAGUGACUGGUGCACAAAUUCGGACACAAAUCGUUCAAAAUUCCUCACUCCCUGCACAGAUUGUUUUAGCACCAGCUUCGGUUCAGCAGACGCCGCAUAUGGUUGUUGUCGCAAAAUCAACCCCUGCCCAAACGGCGAAGCGGCUUGAAGAAAAGCGGGCUGGAAGGUUAAGU